AUCACACGAGAUUGAAGAUGUCAGCCUCCAUUGCCAACAUGAUUUCGGAUUAUAAUCAUUAAUAAACAAACAUAUUGAGUUAUAAGAUUGUGAAUUGAAAUGGCUUGUUUGGACAAAAACACGCCUGAAACCGAAAAGACGCCUUCACCUACUCAAAUUGGUGAACAAAUGAAUUCAGAUGCACCACAUCAAGAAGGCACUGAUCAAACUGAAAUUGAAACGGAAGCAAAGCCGCUUUCUAAAAAUCAACAGAAGAAACUGAAAAAGAGAGAGAAGUGGUUGCAGUUAAAAGCAGUGAAAAGGGCAGGUGAAAAAAAUAAAAGAAAGAGAAAGUAUGCUGAAGCAAGAGAGAAGGGUGUAACUUUGGGUCCAACUAGAAAAUCUUUAAAAAGAACAGGGAUGAAAGAUUCCCAGUGUAAAGUUAGAGUGGUGAUUGAUUGUUCGUUUGAUAACAUGAUGACCUACAAGGACAUUAUACAUUUGACACAGCAGAUACAACACAGUUAUGCAGCCAACAGAAGAGCGCAAAAUGCUCUUCAGUUUUAUGUGAGUGGAAUAAAUGGUAAAUUAAAAAAGAGAUUAGAAGGAAUUGGUGAUUACAAAGGCUGGGAUAUUUUUAUGAAAGAAGAAGGAUUUAUGUCAUUAUUUGAUAAAGAGAAUAUUAUAUACUUAUCUAGUGAAUCACCUAAUAUAUUAUCAACAAUAGAAGAUGAUAAAGUUUAUAUUAUUGGUGGACUGGUUGACCAUAAUCAUCAUAAGGGAUUUUGCCAUAAUCUUGCAGAAGAGAAAGGCUUUCAACAUGCUCAGCUACCUAUUGGAGAAUAUAUUGACAUGAAAGCUAGAAAAGUUCUUACUAUUAAUCAUGUGUUUGAAAUCUUGCUGCGAUAUACAGAAAGCCAGAGUUGGGAGAAAGCCUUUUUUUCUGUUUUACCACAGAGGAAAGGAGCAGUGGUAAAGAACUGUCACAGUUAUGAACAAAGUGAAAUGGAGAAGGAUGAAGAUACUAAUGAAAGUUUAAGUGUCAAUGAUAAUGCUAAAGAAACAAUCAGUGACAUUUCGCAACACCCUGAUGUGACAAACAAAGAUGAUAAUAUUUGUGAGCCAGAUCUUAAAGAGGACAUAGAUACAUAAUAAUAAUUGUUCUUUAUAAUAAAUCAAAUUUUAUGA